AUGGCCUCCUACUUCCUGCCUUCCUUCCUGUCCGGCUGGGACCUCUCGUCCGUCUCUGCCUUUUCACUCUCUGCUAAUUUGCAAAAGAGGAUUCUCUCCUACCUCUUGAAGAGGACACUCGGACAUCUCGUCGAUGGAGGCCAGCUCGAUCUCGCCCAGAUCGACGCAGGUAUAGGCAGUGGUCGCAUAGAGGUGCGUAAUGUCCAGCUCGAUGUUGAAGCCAUCAAUCGUCGCAUGCCCCCUUCGUUGCCUGUUGCCCUUGUCGCUGGCCACAUCGGCACCAUCUUCAUCCAGCUUCCAGUGCCCAACUUUUGGAGUGGAGAGCUAUCCGUCACUGUAUCGGACGUGUCCAUACACUUCGAGCCAUGCCCCGACUCCUCAAGUUCAAGCUCUCACGCGAUCCGAGAUCUCUCAGCAUCCUUCGCAAGUGCAGCGAGUCAGUUAUUUGUCGAGGACGAAGAGGCCAGAGAUCUCGAACAGUCCAUUCAUGAGUCUCUCGAGGCAGACCAACCAAAUCAAACGCAGAAGCCGUCGGCAGAAGAGGGCAGCUCUCUCGUCGCAUCAUACGUUGAAGCGCUUCUCAAUCGACUCAAAGUCGCGAUCGAGAAUGUGCAGGUCCACCUCCAAUCCGAGACAGUCGACCUCUCGCUCAAGCUCAAACACGCCCACGUUCACAGCUCCAACACUCGCACAGAACAGCAAGGACGCACCCCAGAGCCGAAAAGCUCACAAAAAGGGUCUUCAACGACCGUCGAGCUCCCCCAUCGGCGUCUCUUCAGCGAAACAAAGAGAACACUCGAGCUUCAAGGUUUCGAGAUCUGGCUGCAAGAUAAGCGAACGCAAACCAAACCCAAAGAUUCGGACUCCUCCUAUUCUUCCGAUGAUUCUAUCGACGGAGAUACUUCGGCUCGGAUGCACGGCACUCAAGAUUUGGAGCAAUCGGUUGCUUCUCUACAAGAGUCGUCCGCCAGCCUCUACGAGAGCGCCGUCGGCGAGUCUGCCUAUCAUGAAACGUCCGAGCAACAUCAAGAUUCAGCACCCUCUCUUACAGCAAGUAAAUCAGAGUUACCAUCUUCUGCUAAAUCAGAUUUACCAUCUUCUGCUAAUGCGGGACAACUCUUGUUCAGCCUAGGUCAAGAUACCGUGUUCAUUACCUUGAAGACGACCAAGGAGCGUCACGAGACCAUUCCCACCGAAGCGCCUUCGCGUCGUUCGAUUCAACGCCUCGUAAGCAUCGUCACUGACGUGGACGUGCAGAUUGGCACCGUCGGUGGCAUCGUCUGCAUUGACCACGUCAGCCUUCUCAUGACGCUGGUUCGAUCCCUCAGCCGCGGUGGUCCGCAGACCGAGACGACACCACCCGAUCGUCGGAACCAAGCACAACUCAAGAGCUCCGGCGCUCGCCCGCAAAUCCAAAGAGACGUUGCACUCAGCUGUCAUGUCAACAGCUUCAGCUUGAUCGUCGGCUAUGAUGAUCCCACCUCCCUUCAGCAAGACCCGUCUUCUCUCGACGCGUUUUGGGCUCGUCCAACUCGCUCGCAUCCUGACUUUGGUCACAUUCGCCUGCGAUGCGACAAGCUCUCUGCGCAUUUCACCAACGCAGCCGAUAGCGACCGGCAUUCGGAGAGACGAUCUCGGAUGAAGUUCACGGUAGACGAUGUAGGCCUCUUUGAGCAUCUGCCGACAGCUCUGUACGAACAAUGCCCAGCCGAAGUGUCGCGCGUGCUUCCCAUCCUCAUCCUCGAUCCCAAUCUGGCGCAAUCCGGCGCCGCUAGCUCCGCACCUGCCCAGCAGCCUCGACACAACUAUGCCGCCAGCUCUGUCGAUGUGUUUGAUUGGCGUUACCCUGCUCAUCUCACAGCGCCGCAUCGUCCGAGGGCCGGCAGCGACACCCAAAUUUCGGGGAAAGCGGCUCGCUUCAAGCCGACGGAGGCACGUCCAGGCUCCUCCAGCUCAAUGCAAAGUCCCUACGUCCGCACUGCGUACGGCGACCGCGGCUGGAAGCUCAAAGCUACCGCCAAAACCCAGACUCAAGGCACUGCACCAGAAGCAUCCCCACCCAGCAUCGUCAUCUCCGUUCUUUUACCUGGAGGGCAGGAGGACCAGGGCCAAGUCAGUGCGACAGUCGCGCCAGUCCACCUGUUCGUCGAUGUGUCGUUCGCGACAAGGCUCAUGCCAGCUCUGCGCAGAUUCGCGACGGCACAGCUCGUUGCCCUCCGACAGACCGCAGAAGCAGAGUACGACAUGGCCGGCUCGGUCGCCACUCUAGCAGCCAGCGUGGCCACGAUCCAAGCUUCCACCGACAGCCUGCUCGACUUGUCCGGCAUCAACAGCGCAGCACGCAAAAAGAGCCCGUUCAAGCUCGAUCUCCAGAUCGGCUUCGUCCGCAUCGACGUCCGGACGCCUAAGAUAUCGUACGAUGCCGUCGCCCUAGCAGGUCGUUCUCUGAGCUCAACUAGGCUGGCCGGUCUGGACAGAAGGUCCGGCAUCUUGGUGCUUCAAGUGCAACGCCUCCAGGUGCAAACAGGGCUCUCUGAGACGCACUUGCGUUCCGAUACGGUUCGAUUCGCUGCAUCUGGCACGGCAGCUGAUGGCUGGCAGCGCAGAGAUCCGGCCGUGACAGGUCAAAUCAGCGCAGAAAAGGUGUCAGCGUUUGUGGCGCUGCCUUCACAACCACGCGCGCUCGUUCUGGCGUUGAUCGAAGCAAUACGUGAUAACGCCGACGAGCAGGGGCCCUUCGUCAGCUCCCGUGCUCCACUGCUCCCGCGCAUCCAGCGUUCGCGAGUCCAGGAGCCUGGACAGACCGACCAUCGUCAGAUCAAAGAUCGCUGUAGCAUCUCGACCCCAUCCAUCAAAGUGGAGCUCGGCAAGGCGCAGCUCGACUCGCUCCAGUAUAUGGCAGAUGAUUUGACACAGUCGAUCAACCUGUGGACGUCGGACGACCUCGACGAAACUGACUCGCUCGAUGCAGAAGGGCUCAAGAUUCUGGGGAGUCGUUUCUUUGGUAGUCGCGCCGGCAUGUCGGUCAUAUCGGCCAGCACAGACUCGACCGCUACAGCUCGCGCUAGUAGCAAGAAUUCAUCGCUGCUCUUGACAAUCACCGAGUCAUCCAUUCGGCUCUGGCUGCCGAGCCUGUCACCAGACGUCGAGACUACCGACGACAGGAGAACGGGCUCAUCGAAGAGCCUCUUGCUCAUGACCUCCGACUUUGAGCUGCUGUUCGACAGCGACAAGGCACGAAACACGACACGGAUUGAGAUUCGACUUCCAGAGAUGCAGCUCAGCACGGAAGUCGGCAGUGCGUUCGAAGAGGUUUCGAGCUUCCCUUUGGCUUACAGGACGAUGAGCAGGGAUCAGGACGAUCGAGGGCGCAACACGAUGCUGCUCCUCGUGCUCGAGGCCUACGCGGAACCCGGCAGCAGCUACCGCGAGCAAAACGUGGAUCUCACCCUCUGUUCGGUGACGCUGUCUCCUUCCUUCGACCACGAGCUGAUCCCGCGCAUCAAGCGACUCUUGAAAUCACCUGCUGGCGUCUUUGAAAACGUGGAGCCCAACGAGGUCACGCGGAUUAGUUUCAAAGCUAAAGACUGUUCCAUCUUGGUAGCACCUGCCAACACCGACCAUCGUGCCGCUGUGGCGAUUGGAGAGGCAUCCGUCAAAACCAAGCUGACAUCGCAUGCGCCAAAAACGUCGAUCAAACUUGCGAUUGCCAAUUUAGAUCUCUUUGUAGCAGAGGUGGGAGCUCCUUCGGUAUCCUCACGUCGCGCGCAUGUCGCCAGAUCCGCCUCCGAGCAUUGGGCUGACCGUGGUUUUGCGCGGCUGCUGUACAUUCCCGACAACAAGGGCAGCAUCCACUUCAACACUCUGACGCGGCCCGAAAUCGAUGUGAAGGUCACAAAGCUGCGUGUCAAGAUUCAGGCGACGGCGGAUACGCUGACUGUUGUGACCGGACUCGUCGAUGCUAUCACUCAAACGCAGGCCAUCGCGUCUAGCAAGUCGGCGCGGGGUUCGACCGCCCAAGAGGAUGACCUUGGGUCUGAUCACGGCAGUGUCCACGAGAAGUCAGCCGCGCCAGAAACCUCACCAUCGACCGAAGCCCACUUUGACCGGAUGGCCGAGCUCAUGUCCGGGAUCGAGGAUGAUGCUUAUCGCCUAGCAGCUCCUCUCUCGGGAGAAGCCGAUCUUGUGGAUGACGAUGUGCCAUCAGACGCGGCAUUCCUCGGCGCCAAAGGGCGAUAUCAUCCGGAUAUUAUCGAGACGACGCUCGACUCGGACGAGUUCUUUGGUGGCGAGUCGGUCGCUUCGUUGUCGCUGCUCGCUCCGCGCACGGAUACGGUCAUCUUUGCCGACGAAGAUGUCACUGUGCGUCUGCUUGACCCGAAAGGCAUCUGCCCUGUGCAAGAGUAUUUCACGAAUCCCGAUCUGCGGCCGCAUGUCGACGCUGCGUUGGGAUCAUCGGCGAGCUCGGUGCGCGUGCGCGUGAGUAACUUUGACCUUUCGCUACGUCUUCAUUCGGGAUACGACUGGCCGUCGACAAGGAAGGCGGUGCAGCGCGAGGCCAAGCUGGUGCGCAAGCGGUUGCAGAAGAUCAAGCAGCUGCUGGCGGAGGGUCAGGUGCCGGAUGACAGCGUGGAAGCGGCUACGAGCAAUUUGCUCGACUCGAUUCAUAUCAGCCUACCCAAUAUCCCUGCAGAGAUGGGGCCGGACGAGAUGUUGCGUGCCGUCGAGGAUGAGUUGGGCGAUCACUCGGAUGCGGACUCCACGGCGGACAGGGACGGGACUGCGUCCUGGCAGACGCUUCCGACGGUGCGACGCAAUCAGCGAGGCUCCCGCGCUGGAGCAACGGCAGCUUCCACUACGACCGACGUCCAGCACGCCAAACUGCAGCGAUCAUCACGCUCGUUGAUUGAUUUCAGCUUUCGAGGAGUCGAGGUGGAAUUCGACAAAGCAGACCCAUCCCAAGCUGGGCAUGUCGUGUCGAGGAUUGCCGUCAACGCGAGGCGAUUCGAGAUCAUUGACAACAUCGAGACGUCAACUUGGCGUACGUUUCUUACUGAGAUGCAGGACAGGAAUGCGGCAUUGCGGCAUGAUGUCGAAAGCAAGAUGGUCAAAGUCGAGAUUCUAUAUGUGCGACCAGGGGCGGCGGUAGGGGAUGGAAAGAGUGGGUCUGCCGGGGAGAGCGAGGUGCGGAUGCGCGCCAAGAUCGCGCCCCUGCGGCUGCAUGUGGAUCAGGAUGCUUUGGACUUUUUGAAGAAGUUUUUCACUUUCAAGGCGCCGGGGCACAAGGAGACGCCACCGCCCGUUCAGUCGACCUCGGCACCGCUGCCGUUUGUUCAAUUCGCUGAGGUGCUGCCGAUCAAGAUCAAGCUGGACUACAAGCCGAAGCGCGUUGACUACAACUUGCUGCGUCAGGGCAAGACGAUCGAAUUGAUGAACUUCUUCCAUUUCGAAGGAUCCGAGAUGGUGCUGCGGCAUACUACGUUACGCGGGAUCAACGGGUGGGCGCGGCUGUUUGAUACGCUCAACGACAUCUGGACGCCGGACGUGAAAGCGAAUCAGUUGGCGGAUUUCCUGUCGGGUCUGGGGCCGAUUCGGAGCUUGGUGAAUGUCGGGGCGGGGUUGGCGGAUUUGGUGCUGCUACCGAUCGAGCAGUAUCAUCGUGACGGGCGGGUGUUGAAGGGUGUCCAGCGAGGGGCGACGAGUUUUGCAAAGAGCACAGCGUUGGAGGCGGUCAAGCUGGGCGCCAGGCUCGCGACGGGGACACAGGUGAUUUUGGAGCAGGCGGAGCACGUAUUGGGUGGAGAGAGGAUGCGUGCGCCUGUGACGGCAAGGGCCGUGGGGCCAGAGGGCGAGAAGGAAAGCUACGAGAGUCUGAGCGAGAGCAUCAUGGUCGAGUCGGUCUCGGCGGAGCAGCAGGGGGAGACGAUGGUUAGUCGAUACGCAGCGCAGCCGGAGGACAUGCGCGAUGCGUUGUCGCAGGCGUACAGCGGGCUGACCGAAGGGCUGACCAGUGCGGCACAGACGAUCUUGGCGAUUCCGAUGGAGGUGUACGAGCCGGACGCCGAUGGAGGGCGCGGUGUCGAGGGCGCGGCGAGGGGGAGGCCGGUGGUCAAGGCGGUGCCGAUCGCGAUCCUCCGAGGCGCGCGCGGCGCGACGCAGGCUAUUGCCAAGACGAUGCAGGGUGUUCAGGUGACGUUGGGCGAUCUGGAGAAUGUCAAGGAGGGCAAGUACAAGUUGCCUGGUCCGCAGAGGAGGUAA